AGGUAUGAAAAUGAAAUCACACUUCUUCACAUAUAAGAGUUCCUCCAAGCACUUCAAACAGACCAUCAGAAGCCAUGAGUUCACCUCCAACAUUGGAUCAAACUUUGAGAGCAGAUGAGCUAACCCAGCUACAUCAUAGUGACGCUGUUACUACCACUACCGGUCAGCUUGAAAGAGCUAAGUGGGUGCUGAAUUCACCCGACCCACCAGGUUUACUGGUCGAGCUUCUAGCUUCAGUGAAAACACUUCUUUUCAGUCAUGGAAACAGAACUUCAAAGCAAACUAGAAGCACCAGUAAGCGUGCCGUUUCAUUCUUACAAGCUAUGUUUCCAAUUCUGAGCUGGGGUCGAAAUUACAGAGUUUCCAUGUUUAAAAAUGACUUAAUGGCUGGUUUAACUCUUGCUAGCCUUUGUAUUCCUCAGAGCAUUGGGUAUGCUAAUUUAGCAAAACUCGAUCCUCAGUACGGACUCUAUACGAGUGUAGUUCCACCUUUGAUUUAUUCGGUAAUGGGGAGUUCAAGAGAAAUAGCCAUCGGACCGGUAGCUGUUGUAUCGAUGCUGCUUUCUUCAAUGAUUCAGAACAUACAAGAUCCUGAAACUGAUCCUGUUGCAUAUAGGAAGUUGGUUUUUACAGUUACGUUCUUUGCUGGAGCUUUUCAAGCUCUUUUCGGGUUAUUUAGAUUGGGAUUUCUGAUGGAUUUUCUGUCACAUGCUGCUCUGGUUGGAUUUAUGGGUGGAGCAGCCAUUGUUAUUGGUCUUCAACAGCUCAAAGGCUUAUUUGGUAUCUCUCAUUUCACUACUAAAACUGAUGUUGUCUCUGUCCUCCAUUCUGUCUUUACCUCAAUCCAUCAUCCGUGGUCACCAUUAAACUUUGUUAUUGGCUGCUCUUUCCUAAUAUUCCUCCUAUUUGCCAGGUUUAUUGGAAGAAGAAACAAGAAGCUAUUCUGGUUUCCAGCCACUGCUCCUCUAAUAUCAGUAAUAUUAUCUACUCUCAUAGUGUUCUUGACAAAAGCUGACAAGCAUGGAGUUAACAUUGUAAAACAUAUCAAAGGAGGGUUAAAUCCAAGUUCAGUUCAUCAAUUACAAUUCAAUGGUCCACACGUUGGCCAAACAGCUAAAAUUGGUCUCAUUGCCGCUGUUAUUGCUCUUACCGAAGCAAUUGCUGUCGGCCGGUCCUUCGCAUCCAUAAAAGGUUACCACCUCGACGGGAACAAAGAAAUGUUAGCCAUGGGGUUUAUGAACAUUGCAGGAUCAAUAACUUCUUGCUAUGUGGCAACAGGUUCAUUCUCAAGAACUGCAGUGAAUUUCAGUGCAGGAUGUGAAACUGUGGUAUCGAACAUAGUAAUGGGAAUUACAGUGAUACUAUCACUAGAAUUGUUGACGAGGUUUUUGUACUACACUCCCAUGGCGAUUCUUGCUUCAAUCAUUCUAUCUGCUCUUCCGGGACUCAUCGACAUUCAUGAAGCUUACCACAUUUGGAAGGUCGAUAAGCUAGAUUUCAUCGCUUGCAUCGGUGCUUUCUUCGGUGUUCUCUUUGUAUCUGUCGAAAUCGGUCUUCUUGCUGCGGUAGCCAUCUCAUUUGCCAAGAUUUUGCUGAACUCAAUUAGACCAGGCAUAGAAGAAAUUGGAAGAAUUCCAGCAACAGAUACUUACUGUGACAUAAAUCAAUAUCCCAUGGCAACUAAAACUCCAGACAUUUUAACUGUCCGAAUCAACUCUGCCUUACUCUGCUUUGCAAAUGCCAAUUUUAUAAGAGAAAGGAUAUUGAGUUGGGUGACGGAAGAAGCCGAGGAUGAGAUUAAAGAAAACACAAAGGGAAGGAUUCAAGUAGUAAUUCUUGACAUGUCCACCGUAACAAACAUGGAUACUGCUGGAAUUCUUGCACUAGAAGAGCUGCACAAGAAGUUGCUUACACAUGAAACAGAGUUAGUAUUAGCGAACCCAAGAUGGCAAGUGAUGCACAAGCUAAAGGUGGCUAAAUUUCUAGAGAAAAUUGGAAGAGAAAAGGUUUUCCUCACAGUUAGUGAAGCUGUAGAUGCAAGCAUAGCUACCAAAUUAACUAGCUGUUGAUUUUUUGUAUACCAAAAAUCAAGAACUUGUAAGCACACAACACUUGUUCUUCAAUUCGUAUAAAAUUGGUGAGACUUAAUCACUAAAAAAAUAUAUUAUUUUUUUGAUUA